AUGUCACUACCUUCCUUCCCUUCCCCAAACCCUUCCUCAUCUCCCAUCCUCGUCACCGUCCCGUCCAGUGGAGCUGGGAACCAUCUACCCGUAUGGCUUCUAGUACUCUGUGGAACCUUUACCGCUGUCGCCACUGGAGUAUCGGUGAUGUCUAUAACUUUGCAAUUGAAGAAUUAUAGGAAACCUCCUUUACAGAGAGCGGUGGUACGGAUCAUGCUCAUGGUACCGUUAUACGCCAUUUCUUCACUUAUCGCAAUCUUCUCUCUUGAAGCUGCGUUCUUCAUCGAUGCCAUUCGAGAUUUGUACGAAGCUUUCGUAAUCUACACUUUUUUCCAACUUCUCAUCACCUAUCUUGGAGGCGAAAGAUCUCUCCUCAUCAUCUUACAUGGUCGUCAACCUAUCCCACAUCCAUUCCCUGUAAAUCUUUUCCUCCGACCGAUGGACGUGAGUGAUCCAUGGACAUUACUCAAUUUGAAGCGUGGAGUUUUACAAUACGUUCAGGUAAAACCACUCCUGGUCAUCGCCACAGCCAUCCUCAAGGCUACCGGAACAUAUCGCGAGGGUAAAUUCGCUGCCAGCUCUGGGUACACCUACGUGUCUAUCGUUUAUAAUCUUAGUAUUUGUUUGAGUCUUUACUGCUUGGCCAUGUUCUGGGUAUGUGUGAAUGAAGAUCUCAAACCUUUUCGACCUGUCCCCAAAUUCCUCUGUGUCAAGGGCAUCUUGUUCUUCUCUUUCUGGCAAAGCGUCCUCAUUUCCAUCCUCACCUCUUCAGGGGCCGUCAAAAAGGUCGGCCCAUAUACCGAUGCCGAGCAUAUGUCGCUGGCUCUGGUCGACUCACUCAUAUGUUUCGAAAUGCCAAUUUUUGCUAUUGCACAUCAAUAUGCUUUCCAAGCUAGUGACUACAUCGAUCCCAAUCUAAAACAUGCUGCUCGCCUCCCCUUCAUAUACGCCUUCCGUGACGCUUUCGGUCUCAAGGACGUAUGGGAAGAUACAAAACAUACCAUCCGUGGCCGUGGUGUUUCCUACCAAGCAUAUGAGCCAGCCGAGGGCGGUCUACACUACGGUCUCGGUCGACAGAAACGAAUGCGUGCCGGGUUACGUUAUGCCAAAGGUGGGACUACCAAAUACUGGGUACCUGUUUCUGGCGAUGAGGCUCGGAUGAGGGGAGAUCCAGGUCCACUUGCUCGUGUCAAACGACGUAUCGAUGAACGACUCGCGGAGAGAGAAGGUUAUGCUCCGUUAUUACCGAAACAAGCUCACGAUGUCGUUCGUGAUGACCCUUCUCUUCCUCGGGGACAUGAACUAGGUUCUGCCGGAUUGUUCAGCAGUGAUUCUGAGAGUGAUGCUCCAAGUCUUGAGUUUGAUUCUGUGAGCGAAAUCGAGGAUGAGAUGUACGAGCGAGCGAGAAGGAUAGGAUAUGCAGGGUUUCCAAAUGUCGACGUGAGCAAAGAAGAGAAACAACGUCAAUUACGACAAGAAGAAGAGGGUAUCUUGAGGGGAAAAUGGACAAAAGGUGGGUCAAGUGAUGGGAGGGCGGUACCAAAGAGAAAAAGACCAAAAGGUGAUACGGGUGUUUAUGGGGGAUGUGAGUUGAUCCAUGACUUAAGGUUAAAUGGGUGGAUCUGGCUGAUGUACAGGGGCGGAUAG